GCAGUGUAGUAAAGUCUGCAGGAGAAGCGUCUGGAUACACGAACAACUGGAGCUGAAGCUUUUUCACACCUGGACGUUAUAAACUGCUUUUUAACUCUACUGAAAGAAGCAACACAAACACAAUGCCAAACUGGGGAGGAGGCAACAAGUGCACAGCGUGCCGCGGGACAGUCUACCAUGCUGAGGAGGUGCAGUGCGAUGGCAAGAGCUUCCACAAAUGCUGUUUCCUCUGCAUGGUCUGCAGGAAGGGUUUAGACAGCACCACACUGGCUAUACACGACCAGGAGAUCUACUGCAAGUCGUGCUACGGGAAGAAGUACGGCCCCAAAGGUUACGGCUACGGGCAGGGGGCUGGAACGCUCAACAUGGACCGAGGGGAGCGGCUGGGAAUCAAACAUGAAGAGACACAGGUUCACAGACCCACCACCAACCCCAACCCGUCCAAAUUUGCGCAGAAGUUCGGCGGUUCGGAGAAAUGCGCCCGGUGUGGGGACUCUGUGUAUGCGGCGGAGAAGAUCAUGGGGGCGGGCAAGCCGUGGCAUAAGAACUGCUUCCGCUGCGCGAAAUGCGGCAAGAGCCUGGAGUCGACCACCCAGACCGAGAAAGAUGGAGAAAUCUACUGCAAAGCGUGUUACGCCAAGAACUUCGGACCCAAAGGGUUCGGGUACGGCCAGGGAGCCGGAGCUCUGGUCCACGCUCAGUGAGGGCAGAACUGGAUCACAUAGACUAUCUUGUCUUCAUACAUUCCUAUGUCCAACAUCAUCAUUGUUUUGCUUGUCUUCUCCCUUCGAAUGCUUUUA